CUUUAGCCCAGCUUCUGCCUACCUAGUUGUUUGAAAACAAAUGAUAGUUUGAAGCUGCGACUUUUCGGUCUGCAAGUUGAGCAGCUCAGCGCUUUAACACACUGCUCAUAAAUACUGUAAAUAAAAUAAAUAAUAAGAAAAUAAUGAAGUUUGGGGUUUUAGCCUGCCACUUUUGGACUCUUGCUUGCUGGGGUGUUCCUGUGAGUAUCUCAGUUGGCAUUAUAACUCUAUCCUGAAUUUUAUUAGGUCCCUUUUAUUCUGGUAUUUUAACUGAUGAUGUUAUUUUUAUAUUGCUGCUGCAGUCUCCCCCACCAAUGAAGUCGACUGAAUUGUACUUAGUGGUUGAUUGAUAUUAUUACUACUGUAUUAACUCUUGUUUUAUUGUCUUACUGUAUUUUAUUUUUUUUGUAUAUUGUUCAAUGUAUUUAUGCUAUUUUUGUAAAUUGUGCUGGUCGGGCCUUGCCCCAUGUGAGCCGCCCUGAGUCCCCGUGGUGGAGUAUAAAUAAAGUUGUAUUAUUUUAUUUUAUGACACAGCAAGCAAGAUAGACAUGCUGGAUUUCGUUUCACAAAACCACAAGUCGAACACUUCCCAAGUGUCUAGGACUGUGUGAUGUAUUUUCGGAUGAUGCGCGCAGAUCCCAGUCGGGUGGCCUUUUGCAGUUGGCAGAUCGUGAUUUUGUCAAUGUCUAUUGUUUCCAAAUGCCAGCUGAGAUCUUUUGGCACGGCACCAAAUGUGCCGAUCACCACCGGGACCACCUGCACUGGUUUCUGCCAGAGUCUUUGAAGUUCAAUCCGGAGGUCCUGAGAGCGGCUGAGUUUUUCCUGUUGUUUUUCGUCAAUGUGACUGUCACCUGGGAUGGCAACAUCAAUGAUCCAAACAUUUUCUUUUCCACAACUGUGAUGUCUGGUGUGUUGUGUUCCAGAACUUUGUCAGUCUGGAUUCGGGAGUCCCACAGUCUCUUUGCGUGCUCAUUUUCCAAUACUUUUGCAGGUUUGUGAUCCCACCAGUUCUUUACUGGGAAGUGGUAUUUGAGGCAUAAGUUCCAGUGGAUCAUUUGGGUCACAUAGUUGUGCCUCUGUUUGUAGUCAGUCUGUGUGAUUUUCUUACAGCAGCUGAGGAUAUGGUCAAUGGUUUCGUCAGCUUCCUUGCACAGUCUCUUUGCGUGCUCAUUUUCCAAUACUUUUGCAGGUUUGUGAUCCCACCAGUUCUUUGCUGCUGGGAGGUGGGACUUGAGGCAUAAGUUCCAAUGAAUCAUUUGGGCCACAUAGUUGUGCCUCUGUUUGUAGUCUGUCUGUGCGAUUUUCUUACAGCAGCUGAGGAUAUGGUCAAUGAUUUCGUCAGCUUCCUUGCAGAGUCUGCAUUUUGGGUCAUCAGCUGAUUUUUUGAUCUUGGCCUUAAUUGCAUUUACUAGAUCUUUUGAUCUAUGUUAUUUUUUAUCAAUAUUUGUAUGUAUGUAUUUUUAUCCUUUACAAUUUUAUCUUGUAAAUUGCCUAGAGCAUCUUGGAUGGAGGGCGAUUAAUAAGUAAUUAAAUGAUGAUGAUGAUGAUGAUGAUGAUUUGUUCUGAUGACUGCAAGGAUCAAUCCUUCUGUCUCCUUCUUCAGGGUCCCAUCAUCAUCAUCAUCAUUAUUAUUAUUAUUAUCUCUGUCGAUGUUAGGAAAUUAUUUCUUGAUUUAAGGUGUUGGCGUGCUGAUAUCUAAACAGGGUAUGGGCCAGAGAUGUCAUUGCCUUGGUCCUUUAAUUAUUAGUUGCUACUUCCCGGCAGAUGUCCGACCAAAUGGUAUAAUUUCUCCAGCAAUGUUGGGCAUAGACAUCCUGUGAUAAUGUGGCUUGUCUCAUGAAGAGGUACAUCCACUGAGAUGUCUUCAAAAAUGCCCAAUCCAGAAUAGCAAGAUGAGCAUCCUUGCAGGGUGUCAUUUGCUCGGCCGGACAGCAGGGGCCGCUGUUGCUUUGUUUGGAAACAGCAUCCAGGACAGUGGAGGUGCAUCUGAGAAUGGCUUGGAGUUGGAGAAACUUCAGGGCUGGGCCCAUUUGGGCGGGGCUUAGUGGAAAGGGGGCGGGGCUUGGGCACUGCCUUGGCGUGUUUCUGUGUGUCUUCUGGAGCGGAUGGGCAUGGCGAGCGUGGUCCCUCUCCCCUUGGCCCCUUGGCCCCAGUUCUUCGCCGUGAUCCACUGGAUCCAAGCCAUCACCGCCGCCUUAAGUGUCAUCGGGUCCAGCUUCAUGAUUGGCUACGCCGUCUUCCAGAAUACAGCCCGCUCCCCUGAGGUCCGCCCCCUGUUCUACCUGAGUCUCUCGGAUCUCUUGCUGGCGGUCUGCUGGCUCGCUGGGGCCCUUCUUUAUAGCCAAGAUGCUGCAGAGCCCAACCACCGGGAAGCUGCGUGCUACAACCUGCAAACUAUGGGACAGAUCUUCUACAUGGCCUCCUUCCUCUACACCGUCAAUUACACCUGGCACCUUUACACCGAUCUGAAGGCGAAAUACAACCAGAACCUUCACAGCCAGCCCCUGCAGGUUUUCAGCAACACGAAUCGCACGGGCCGGAUAGCCAUCAUUUUGUCUGGCCUCAUCCCUUUCCUGGUCAUGCUCCCUGUGCUGGGGAUCGGCAACCAUGACGAAUGCUACCAGAACUUCACCAUGAAACAUGGGUGUCUCCUCAUGCACACCGAGCUCGGCAGCCCCCAGCGGCCUCCCUGCUCUGCCAUGUAUUUCUACAGCAUCGGCGCCUUCCUUGUUUCGUACGCAGCCAGCUUCCUUGUGAUCUUGGUCCUGCUCCUCCGAGCCAGAGCCUUGUACAAAAGGUUUGUGAGCGCAACGGGCUACGUGGGUGACCAGCAGUGGGCCAUGAUCAAGAUGGUGGAGCAAGGUGUGGUCUUGUACCCGGUGGUGUUCUUCUGCUGUUGGGGCCCAGCCUUUAUCCUUGGACUCGUCAAAGUGACGUCUGUGAAUAACAUCACCCUGUACAUGGUUCUUUGGGUUUUGGAGGCCCUGACAGCAUCUUCCCAGGGUCUCCUGAAUUGCGCCGUAUACGGCUGGACCCAGCACAUGUUCCGCUGCAUGAAGCGCAAGGCCUGCCGCGAUGUCGACACGCAGACGCCGCUCUUGCGCUCACAGAAGAGGUUCUACGCCAGCACACUCCCAGCUGAGCCCCAGGGGAGCGCCAAGGCGGCUUCCACCUCCACCGUCUUAUGAGCAGAAGGCCCAGCGAGCCUCUCCAAGCUGAUCGUUGUGAGUCUAUUCUCCUGCUCCUCCUCUUGCCCGGGAGGGGGCCACAGCCGUGUAGGUCCUGCACAACAGGUGCCGUGGGAGGGACGAGAGAACUUCCUUGGUCCCUUCCCGCUCCAUCCUGUAUAUUUGCACAACACACCUUGAAAGGAUAGGUGAAACCUGCACUAGUCAAGCCCGAGGAGGGUGCAAACCCUUCCUCCCUCCCUCUCUGUUUCACGGACACAUCUUAUUUAUUAAAUGGAUAAAGAAUCAGUGGAGGUGAGGAGAAACGUACCCACUCUCCAGCCUAGUGUAUUUUCAGUAUUCCAGGAACUGGGACAAACUGGUUGUUGAAGGAUUGCGUGGAACGUCUCCCAUAUGCUGAAACAGGCCUUAGGGGAUUAUUCCGGUUGCCUUCUUGUUGUUCUUCCUUGUUUGACAGUAAAAGAAAAGGGAAAUAUG